UUGGACUGCCCCGUUCAUUAGGUUAAUGCAAUAAGGUGGCUCUAUUCCGGACCCGUAUCCUUGCAAGUUGGCUAAAAAUAGCGUAGGAACGGUACCUGACUUACUGGUUGCCAGUCACUUAAAAGUACGUCAGAGGCAAUGAACCGGCUCCCGACAGAGCUCGCCAUAUACAAUCUUGGCUUGGCAACAAAUCCCCCUGGAGCCGGUCGACCUUAAGAUUUCAACUUCUGCUGGCAGACGACAAGAAAACAAAGCAUCAGACACAGCAAAAAAAUGAAAGUCCCAAUACUACUACUGAUAAUCGGAAAUUAUAAAAAGCUGUUCCAGCUACUGCGAGGGAUUCCUCGAAAUAUACUUUAGCUAUCCAUGCCCAGCGCUUGACCGCAUCAGUCCAGAGCAACAGCACCAGUCAAAUAUGAAGGAAACCAAGUUGGCGCAGGAUCAGGGAGAUGGCUCCCUAUCGGAGUCCCUGCUCAAGAUUGCCAAACGGGAACUGCGCGAGGAUCGGUGCACUCGGGAACAGAGCCUGGAGCAGCUGCGGAAUUGGGUGGCCAAGAACGAGGAUCUGCAGAAUGUUCGCUGCGACGAUACCUUCCUACUGCGCUUCCUGCGUGCCAAAAAGUUCAGCGUUCCGAUGGCAGAGCAAACGCUACUCAAGUACCUCAACAUCCGGCGAACAUUCCCGCACAUGAGCACUCAGCUGGAUUAUCUGGAGCCACGCCUGGGCGACCUCAUCGACCAGGGCUACAUCUUUGCAGUACCCCAGAGGGAUAAGCAUGGACGCCGUGUGGUGGUCAUCAAUGCCAAGGGCCUCAAUCCGAAGAUCCACACCAGCUGUGAUCAGGCCAAGGCACAUUUCCUCACCUACGAGUGCCUGAUGGAGGACCAGGAGACACAAAUCACCGGACUGACGCAUGUUGGCGACUUCUCCGGCGUGUCGACGGCCCACGUGACGAACUGGAAUCCGACGGAGUUUGCCCGCAUCUUUAAGUGGGGCGAACAGUCGCUGCCCAUGCGCCACAAGGAGAUCCACCUCAUCAAUGUGCCCUCCACGCUGAAGUGGCUCAUUGACUUUGUGAAGAAUCGGGUUAGCUCCAAGAUGAAGAACCGCCUAAUCAUCUACGGCAGCGAGAAGGAGCUGAUGAAGGGCGUCGACCAGGCAUGCCUGCCCCUGGAGAUGGGCGGCACUGUGCCCAUGCGCGAGAUGAUCGAGCUGUGGAAGCAGGAGCUGGCCUCCAAGCGGGACCUGGUGCUCGGGCUGGACAAGAGUGUCCUGCUCUCCGACCGCGGCAUCCAGCGGCGGAGCAGUUUCAAUGCAGAGAAGGCAAGCAACGGUGGACCCAACUUUGUGUCACAGAUCGAGUCCAUUGAGGGCAGCUUUCGGAAGCUGGAAUUCGAUUAGCUCACCCGAU